AUGGCUAAUUCUAAUCUCCCGAAUGAUGUUCCUGGAAAAGUAGAACUCCAUUAUCCAACAGAUGACGAAUCGAGUGAUGAAAUUCCAUCUGGUGAAGAGGAAGACAGCGAUGACAAUGUGCCGCUAUCAAUACUAUUUCCCAAGAAAAGUAAAUCGUCAAAAAUCGCAGAAGAAACACCGAAGUGGACAAAAACCUUUACGGAUAUAAGUAUGACUGAGAGAACGACAGGCUACGAAGCGCGAAUGGAAAAAAUGGUGGAAGCCGUGAAGAACGAUAAUCCAGUGCAGACUUUCGAAAGAAUGUUUGAUGAUAAGGUUAUAAAGCUGAUUGUUGAACAAUCAAACAUUUAUGCACUACAAAAAAAUCGACAUGGAUUUUCCGUAUCAGGUGACGAAAUAAAAACGUUUUUAGGUGUGUUACUGCUUUCUGGCUAUCACCGAUUACCCAGAGAACCUAUGUAUUGGAGCGAUGAUGAAGAUGUUUCUGUACCCUUUGUGGCAUCUAGUAUUUCGAGAAACAGAUUUCAAGAAAUCAAGAGGUUUUUGCACAUUGCAGAUAACAGCAAACUAGAUAAGACUGAUAAAAUGUAUAAGUUGCGCCCUCUCAUGAACCUGCUAAACGAAAAUUUUCGUCAAUGGGGAAUCUUGCAUCAAAACUUUUCAAUAGAUGAGGCGAUGGUUAAAUAUUUUGAACACCAUUCUGGGAAGCAGUUUAUAAGAGGAAAACCUGUAAGGUUUGGGUUUAAGAAUUGGAUGAUAUGUAGUUCUACAGGCUACUGCUAUAAAUAUGACACUUACUGUGGUGCAAAAGUAGGCAAUGCAGGCAAUAACUCUUUGCCAUUAGGUUCUAGAGUCGUUUUAGAAUUGCUCCAAUGUGUAGAUCAACCAUCAGAUCAUAUUAUGUUUUGUGAUAAUUUUUUCUCCAGUUAUAAUCUCAUGAAAACACUGAAAGGUAUGAAGAUUCGAGCAACUGGGACCGUGCGUGAAAAUCGGACUAAAAAAUGUCCUUUGUCCUCGGUGAAGCAGAUGCAAAAAAUGGAACGUGGCGUUUUUGAAAAAAUGUACGAUAUGAAAAAUAAUCUACUGUUUGUUCGUUGGAAAGACAAUAGCGUUGUUACAAUGGUAACAAACUACGACACUGUGGAACCCCUGGAAACAGUAAAACGUUAG